AUGUCUGACAAAUUACGUCGGCUAUUGUUGACCAUUACAAACGAUUUAAGUGAUGAACAAAAGGGCAACUUCUUAUUUCUCAUAGGAGAUGAUGUUCCACGAUCUCAUAAAGGUCAAGCAUUAACAGAAGUGUUUGAUACUUUGAUAGUCGGACAUAAGGUCACAUGGGAGGAUUGUUCAUAUCUAAUUGAUAAAAUGGAUGAUAUUGGUCGCAUUGAUUUGAAACAAAGAAUAGCCGAUCGAAAUAUGGUAACAACAAUCAGCACGUCGUCCACUGGAAUUAGUAGCAAUAGUCCAACAAAAUCCUCAACAUCAGAUUUCCAGCCAGAAAGAGCAUCAGCCCCGACUAUAUUAGAUGAGUUAAUGGCUGAUAAUGAAGAAGAUGCCAUACAACUAAGAGGUAUGAAUGACGGUACUAAUGACUGUACUAAAUUUUCGUACGAAGUUUAG